CUCUCACUUUGCCUCUUUGCUUCUCUCUCGUGCUUCAAAAUAAUUAUUCACUAUCAUCAUCACUUCAUUUCCCACACAACUUUCUUUCUCCCCCCCCCCCACCCCCCUUUCUUUGCUGGAACUUCCCAGAAACUUGUUGUGGAAGUUGAGGUGGAAAAUGAGUGUGUUUGUGUGGUUUUCCUCUGUGAUUUUUGCUGUUACCCUUUGGAACUCUGGUUCUUUUGCUCUCACUGACGACGGUUUAACAUUGCUGGAGAUCAAAAGCACACUGCAUGACAGUAAAAACUUUCUUGGAAACUGGCUUGCUACUGAUGAAUCACCCUGUAAUUGGACUGGCAUUUCAUGUUUUCCCAAUCUUCAAAGAGUUCGAUCAAUCAACCUACCCUACAUGCAAUUAGGAGGGUCAAUCUCUCCCAGCAUUGGCAAACUCAACAGAUUGCAAAGAUUGGCACUGCACCAAAACAAUUUACAUGGACUAAUUCCUAAUGAAAUUUCAAAUUGUACUCAUUUGAGAGCUCUUUACUUGAGAGCUAAUUAUCUUGAAGGAGGCAUACCAUCAAAUAUUGGAAGCCUUUCUCUUCUCACUGUACUGGAUUUAUCGAGCAAUUUGCUGAAGGGUUCUAUACCUUUGUCUAUAGGCCGUCUUACAAGAUUGCGUUACCUUAAUUUGUCCACCAACUUUUUCUCCGGUGAAAUCCCAGAUAUCGGAGUACUUAACACUUUUGGGAACAAGUCGUUUAUCGGCAAUUUGGAUUUAUGUGGACAACAAGUUCAACGGCCAUGUCGGACUUCACUCGGAUUCCCAGCAGUUCUACCUCAUGCUGAAAGUGAUGAAGCAGCUGGCCAAACAAAGCGAUCAUCUCAUUACAUAAAAGGUGUGCUGAUCGGUGCAAUGUCAACAAUGGCUGUCAUGCUUGUUGUGCUCCUUGCAUUUCUUUGGAUAUGUCUUCUAUCGAAGAAGGAAAGGGCUGCUAAGAGAUACACAGAAGUCAAAAAACAAGUCCACGAAGAUUCGAGCAAAAAACUUAUCACAUUUCAUGGGGAUUUGCCGUAUCCAUCAUGCGAGAUUAUAGAAAAGCUGGAGUCCCUUGAUGAAGAAGAUGUUGUGGGGUCGGGUGGAUUUGGAACUGUAUAUCGAAUGGUCAUGAAUGAUUGUGGAACAUUUGCUGUUAAAAGAAUAGAUCGGAACCAUGAAGGAUCUGAUCAAGCCUUCGAGAGAGAGUUAGAGAUCUUGGGCAGCAUCAAACACAUUAAUUUAGUCAACCUACGAGGUUACUGCAGGUUGCCGGCAUCAAAACUGCUUAUCUAUGAUUAUCUUGCUAUGGGCAGCUUGGACAACUUUCUUCAUGAAAGCAAAGAAGAUGUCAGGCCAUUGAAUUGGUGUGCUCGAUUAAAAAUAGCCCUUGGUUCUGCCCGAGGUAUUGCAUACUUGCACCAUGAUUGUUGUCCGAAGAUAGUUCAUCUAGACAUAAAAUCCAGCAAUAUUCUUCUCGAUGAAAACUUGGAGCCUCAUGUAUCCGACUUCGGUCUUGCCAAACUUUUGGUGGAUGAGGAGACACACGUCACUACUGUCGUUGCUGGCACUUUCGGCUAUUUGGCUCCAGAAUAUCUGCAAAGCGGUCGAGCCACUGAAAAGUCUGACAUCUAUAGCUUUGGAGUUCUCUUGUUGGAGCUUUUAACCGGAAAAAGGCCAACCGAUCCAACUUUUGUGAAGAGGGGCUUGAAUGUUGUUGGUUGGAUGAACACACUAUUGAGAGAGAACCGAUUAGAAUACAUAGUUGAUCGAAGGUGUAAUGACACUGACAUGGAAACUUUAGAAGCAAUUCUUGAAGUAGCAGCAAAAUGUACCGAUGCAAAUCCAGACGAACGACCAACAAUGAGCCAGGUAGUUCAGUUGCUUGAACAAGAGGUCAUGUCACCUUGCCCUAGUGAUUUUUACGACUCUCACUCGGAUUACUGUUAAAACGGACAUAGAGAACAAAUAUUGAGUAAACAUGGCUAGUGUUCAAAUUUUCCUUUGUGUUCAUGCGAUUUUGUUACCCCACUCUUUAGGGCCUGUAUAUCAUUGUCACAGCAAUGCAUGCAUGUGCAUGAUGGUCUUGCAGCUUUUAUCA